ACAGCGGGCCGUGAGGCAUUGUCUGCCUGUUGUUUAUAUAACCUGUGAAUAUAAAUGCCGGAUGUUAACGAAGGAAACAGGAUCUGCUUAGUGAAGGAAGGGAUAUAAAAUGGAUCCCAAAUAUCCGCGUGUGGAGCUAAAUGAUGGUCACUUUAUGCCUGUACUGGGAUUUGGCACCUACGCACCUCCAGAGGUUCCUAGGAAUAGAGUUGUGGAGGUCACCAAAUUAGCAAUAGAAGCUGGUUUCCGCCAUUUUGAUUCUGCAUACAUUUACAAUAAUGAGGAGCAGGUUGGACUGGCUAUCCGAAGCAAGAUUGCAGACGGCAGUGUAAAGAGAGAAGACAUAUUCUAUACUUCAAAGCUUUGGUGCACUUUCCAUCGACCAGAGUUGGUCCAAUCAGCCUUGGAAAGCUCACUGAAAAAACUUCAGUUGGAUUAUGUUGACUUCUAUCUUAUUCAUUUCCCAGUGGCUCUCAAGCCAGGUGAGGACCUAAUGCCAAAAGAUGAAAAUGGAAAAGUAAUAUUCGACACAGUGGAUCUCUGUGCCACAUGGGAGGCCAUGGAGAAGUGUAAGGAGGCAGGAUUGGCCAAGUCCAUCGGGGUGUCCAACUUCAACCGCAGGCAGCUGGAGAUGAUCCUCAACAAGCCAGGGCUCAAGUACAAGCCCGUCUGCAACCAGGUGGAAUGUCAUCCUUAUCUCAACCAGAGCAAACUGCUGGAUUUCUGCAAGUCGAAAGACAUUGUUCUGGUUGCCCAUAGUGCUCUGGGAACCCAAAGACAUGAAAUAUGGGUGGAUCAGAACUCCCCAGUUCUUUUGGAGGACCCAGUUCUUUGUGCCUUGGCAAAAAAGCACAAGCGAUCCCCAGCCCUGAUUGCCCUGCGCUACCAGCUGCAGCGUGGGGUUGUGGUCCUGGCCAAGAGCUACAAUGAGCAGCGGAUCAGAGAGAACAUGCAGGUUUCUGAAUUCCAGUUGUCUUCAGCAGAUAUGAAAGUUCUAGAUGGCUUAAACAGAAAUUUUCGAUAUGUUACCUUAGAUUAUCUUGCAGGCCACCCUAAUUAUCCAUUUUCAGGUGAAUAUUAACAUGGAGGGCUUUGCAUGACAUCUAGCAGAAGGCUGCCUGUGGAUGGUGAUGCAGAGAACGUCUCUAUGCUGGUGACUGGACAUACCACCUCUGUCUAAAUCCAUCCUGCUUAGCAACUUCAGUUAGCUAGAAGAUAUAAAUCCAUAGACCAGAAAGUAAAGACAAUAAAUUUCUAUCAUCUUCAAAUAAU